AGAGAAAAUUUCAGAGGGAGUAUAUCUCACGCGCCAGACUUCCCUUCCACACACACGCUCUUUCAUUCAUCUGUACAUCUGGAUGAUUGAAUGAUUCCCCCCGUUUCCAGCGAAUUGUCGCCGGCGGCCGGCAGGCACCUCUCACAGAUCCAAUUCCAGAAACAUUUCUAUUUCAAAUUUUCGAUUUUUUCUGGAAACUUUACUAUCCGAACAGUCUCCAUUUUCCAAUUUCUUCCACAUGUUACCCCGUAAUUUUUGAAAAAUUAAAAUUCGUAAAGUGGCAAUAAUAAGUAGUAAUAAUAAUAUAAAAAAAUUAUGUCAAGCGACAGUAAUGAUAUAGACGAAGAUGAGCUGUUGCAGAUCGCAUUGAGAGAGCAAGCACAGCGCGAUCUCAGCUACCAGAGGCCCGGUGGUUCUAAGCAGCCGUCUAAGCCGGUGCGCAACUACGUCCAGCCACCUCCACAGCCGGCGGCGGCCGGAAGGACUCCUCAUCCUCCUAACGCGACGAUGCAGCACAAGCAGAGGAAGCCGGUGGAGGAAGAUGAUGAUUCCGAGGUGGAGAUGCUCAGCAUUUCCUCCGGAGACGAGGACUCCUCCAAGGACCGCGGUUACGGGGAUGCGAAACGCGCGGCGAGCGGGGGGAGAGGUGGGAAGAAUGAAGAUAGGCCGUGGGAUGGGGAUGAGCCUGGUUGCUGGAAACACGUUGACGAAGCCGAGCUAAGGCGCAGGGUCCGUGAGAUGAGGGAGACAAAAGCAGUUCCAAUCACACAACCUAAGGUUAUGCCGGAUCCGACUGCAAUGGCCAAGAAGGGACUUAACACCUUGCAGUCUUUUCCCCGUGGCAUGGAAUGUAUAGAUCCUCUUGGAUUAGGGAUUAUUGACAAUAAGACUUUGAGAUUGAUCACUGAGCAUUCAUCAAGCUCUCCCUCUGUUGGUGAUAGAGAUCAAUCAAAUCAUGACAUCCGCGAGCGGUUGAAUUUUUUCUCUGAGAAGUUUGAUCCAAAGCUCUUUUUAUCCCGAAUUCACCAAAAUACUAGUGCAGCAGAUCUGGAAUCUGGUGCUAUUUCAUUGAAAUCUGACCUUCAAGGCCGCACUCAACAGAAAAAGCAAUUAGUCAAAGAAAAUUUUGAUUGCUUUAUUUCUUGCAAAACAACAAUUGACGACAUUGAAUCUAAAUUGAGGCGGAUUGAGGAAGACCCUGAGGGUUCUGGAACAUCUCACUUGUUUAACUAUAUCCAGGAAGUCAGUUCAAUUGCAAAUCGUGCUUUUGAAUCUCUAUUUGAAAGACAGGCUCAAGCUGAGAAGAUAAGGUCUGUUCAGGGAAUGCUUCAAAGGUUCCGAACAUUAUUUAAUUUACCCAGUACUAUCCGUGAGAGCAUCAGCAGUGGUGAAUAUGACCUGGCAGUGAGGGAGUACAGGAAAGCCAAGUCAAUUGUCCUGCCUUCUCAUGUUGGUAUCCUAAAGCGUGUACUUGAGGAAGUUGAUAAAGUAAUGCAGGAGUUCAAGGGAAUGCUCUAUAAUUCCAUGGAAGAUCCAAACAUAGACCUAACAAAUCUUGAAAAUAUCGUAAGGCUUUUAUUGGAGUUGGAACCAGAGUCCGAUCCUGUUUGGCAUUAUCUGAAUAUACAGAACCAUAGAAUUCGAGGCUUGCUUGAAAAGUGCACCUUUGAUCAUGAAGCAAGGAUGGAAAAUUUGCUAAAUCAAAUGCGCGAUAAGGCUUUAUCUGACGCAAAGUGGAGGCAAAUCCAGCAGGGUUCAAAUCAAUCUGCUGAUGUUGAUUACUCCCGUUCUCUUGGGAAUACACAUCUUAUGAGUGAUCUUCAAUUGAUUGACUUGAAAGGUGAAGAUGUUGAUGCUCUCAGAGGGAAAUAUAUAUGCAGGUUAACUGCUGUAAUCAUCCAUCAUAUCCCAGCCUUCUGGAAAGUUGCUGUUUCAGUUUUCAGUGGCAAAUUUGCUAAGUCUUCCCAGGUAGCUUCUGAUUCAAAUGUAAGUACAACUGCAAACAAAGCUGAAGAGAAAGUUGGAGAGGCAAAAUACUCAAGUCACUCUCUUGACGAAGUUGCUGGGAUGCUGCAGGAUACCCUUAUGCUCUACGAGUCUAAGGUCCAUAAAACAUUUUGUGAUUUUGAAGAACCCAAUGUUCUUCGAGCAUACAUGAGUGAUGCCAUAAAAGAGAUAUCUAAAGCAUCCCAAGCGUUUGAAGUGAAAGAGUGUGCACCUCCAAGUGCUGUUGUAACAAUGCGGACACUACAGUGCGAGAUUACAAAAAUAUACAUACUGAGGCUUUGUUCAUGGAUGCGAAUCACUACAGAAGAGAUAUCUAAAGAUGAAUCCUGGAUUCCAGUAUCACUUUUAGAAAGAAAUAAAUCCCCAUAUACAAUUUCUUCAUUGCCUUUGGCCUUUCGGUCAGUUAUGGCUUCUGUGAUGGAUCAGAUAAACUCAAUGAUUAACACUUUGAAGAACAAGGCCAGAAAAUCAGAAGAUAUCUUUGUGCAGCUUCAAGAAAUUCAAGAGACUGUUAGACUUGCCUUCUUGAAUUGUUUACUGGGUUUUGCUGCUCAUCAGGAGAAAAUCGGUAGUGAGCUUAUCCAGAGUAGAUCAAGCAGAGACAGUCUGCAUUUUGGAAAUGGCUAUUAUCAACCACAAGAAAAAUCAUCUGAUCCUCUUCAAGGAAGUGUUACUGAUCCUCACCGGCAGCUUUUAAUGGUCUUGAGCAAUAUAGGAUAUUGCAAAGAUGAACUUGCCGGUGAAAUGCACAACAAAUACAAACACAUGUGGCUGCAAACCAGGGGCAAGGAAGACGAGGACACUGAUAUGCAAGAUUUGAUUGCAUCCUUCUCCAGCCUUGAAGAAAAGGUUCUCGAGCAUUACACUUAUGCAAAGACAAAUUUGAUUAGAGGAGUAGCAAUGAACUAUUUAUUAGAUGCUGGAGUUCAAUGGGGUGCAGCACCUGCUGUUAAAGGUGUUCGAGAUGCUGCUGUGGAGUUGCUGCACACUCUAGUAGCAGUACAUGCGGAGGUUUUUGCUGGUUGCAAGCCACUGCUAGACAAGACACUUGGCAUUCUUGUUGAAGGCCUAAUAGAUACUUUUAUCAGCAUUUUCCAUGAAAACGAGACAACAGAUCUUAGAGUAUUGGAUGCUAAUGGUUUUUGUCAGAUUAUGCUUGAGCUUGAGUAUUUUGAGACAAUAUUGAACCCAUAUUUUACACCGGAAGCAAGGGAAUCUCUCAAGUCAUUACAAGGGUUUCUCUUGGAGAAAGCAGCGGAAAGUGUGAUGGAAACAUCUGAGACGCCAAGUCAUAGCCGGAGACCAACACGGGGAAGUGACGACGUGCUGUCGGAUGACAGGCAGCAAGGUACGAGCGUGUCACCCGAUGACCUCAUCGCUCUCGCCCAGCAGUACAGUUCGGAGCUUCUCCAGACCGAGCUUGAGAGGACCCGAAUAAACACAGCGUGCUUUGUGGAGUCAAUCCCCUUGGAUUCAGUCCCUGAGUCUGCAAAAGCAGCUUAUGCUUCUUUCAGAGAUUCGACUGCUUUGAGCUUUAAAGGGUCACAACACAUCGGGUCCCCUAGUUUCUCCCGUCAAAGACGCAGAUAGAUGUGGUUUAAUUACUUACUCAGACAUUCUUUCUUCUUCUUCUUGUUCUUUUUUUAAGGGCAUAUUUGUCCAUGUGUAUGUUCUGCUCUUGUGCUGUUAGUAGAUAUGUCACAUUCUUUUGUGUCCUAAGUGAUUCACAUUUUGUCCAUAAAUGGAAGCAUCCUAACAAGGUUUUUCAUGUGUAUUCAUGGCAUAUAUCACAGCAGUGUGUGGAUACACACAUAUGUCUAUAUCUAGCACCACCAGAUCAGAGAUAUUGUAGAGAACAUUGGGGAGAAAUGAGUUUGCCAGAGCUUCUGCCACAGAUGUUUGUAUUC